AUGGUCUCCGAAACGUCAACGUUGUCCGAAUCUUCAAUGUCGUCCGACUCAUCUGGAUGGAGCACAACUUCAGAGCCUACGGAAGGCAUUGUGUUGACUGAUCAUGCGGCUGUUCACGGUGCCCGUCUCGACUCUAGCAAGAAGCAGAUCCGACUUUUGCAGAUUCUUCCCCUCGAGGCAGAUCACGACCCAAAAGACGAAAUUGUCCAUUGCCGGAUGUUUAAGACAUUUCUGAACGACUUUGAUCCUUCGUUCAACGCCCUUUCCUACACAUGGGGAAGCCCCGACGAGCAGACGAACAUCGUCGUCAACGAAACCACCGUAUCCGUCACAACCAAUUUGGAGAGCGCUCUACGUCAUCUCCGUGACUACCAUCUCAAUACAACGUGCGGCUUUCCACUGUGGGUCGACGCCAUUUGCAUCAACCAAGAUGACACCGAAGAGCAGAAUUCUCAAGUUGGAUCUAUGAAAGAGCAACUCGUGUGUUGCCUUGGCUCGGGGAAGGCAAUGUUGACACCGACUGGCUCUUACCGCUUCUACGCGACGUUGAUUUUUGUGCGGAGGCUGCCCAACAAGCAAAACAAGUGGACGGCCCUGCGCCAGGGUCGCUUAUUAUCCGCGCAGUCGCUAUCUCAAUGGACGAUUUGUGUCGUAGAUCCUGGUGGUCUCGCCUAUGGGUCGUACAGGAGAUCAUGUUGGCGAAGCGUGAUCCGAUUAUUCUUAUCGGAAGCGGAAGCGUUCCUUGGUCGGAAUACGUGA